CUGAAUUUUAAUUCAGAAAAGCUGAUAAAGAGCUUUGUUUUUUUUCAGGAUGAAUUCCAUCCGUUUGUCGAGCAACUUCUUCCCUACGUGAAGGAAUUCAGUUACGUUUGGUUUCAUUUGCAAGCUGCAAAGCGGAAGUAUACGAAAAGACAUGAAAAACGUAUGACCGUCGAUGAAGAAAAAAGUGUUAAGGAAGACCUGAUGAAUGAACGAGUGGAUGUAAAACAAAAGUGGGCCGGCCGACUACUGGGAAAAUUACGGAAGGAUAUCCAACCGCAGUGUCGAGAAGAUUUUGUCUUAUCUGUUACAGGCCAAAGGCCCGCUAUAUGUGUCUUGUCAAAUCCCGAUCAGAAAGGCAAAAUGAGACGCAUUGAUUGUCUUCGUCAAGCCGAUAAAGUUUGGCGCUUGGAUCUUGUUAUGGUUAUCUUAUUCAAAGGAAUUCCUCUGGAGAGUACUGAUGGAGAACGCUUAGAAAAGUGCCCGGAAUGCGUUUAUCCGUCCUUGUGUGUUAAUCCAUAUCACAUAAGUAUUGCAGUUCGUGAGUUAGAUCUUUUUUUGGCCAACUUCAUUCACACUUCCAACCCCGAUGCGCAACAUCAAGAUGGUGAUGAAGCCGGGAAUGAUUCUGGUACUUUUUUUUACUGCUUUCUUUUCGAUUUUUAUUCAAUGGCUUCGUCUUCUGGUAUGAAAAUAAUACAUAAUAACCCAGGACCAGCCGGCACUACAGGAGUAACUAAAGUUUAUACCAUUGCUCCACAAGUUGGAGCAAUGGUAACUAUACCUCCAAGUAGUUCGUCGCAAGGGAGAGAUGCAUUUGAACAGGGCCUUCAGGAAACAGAAGUUGUAUGUAACUUUUUUUUCGCCUUGAUUCACAAACAGUCGUUUACACAGUCAUUAUGUGAUUUGUUUACUAAGCGGAUUCGGGGCAAGGCUGGCAUACUUGUUUUGCUCUAUUCUUUUGGAAAUCUUGCACCAAGAUAG